AUGUCGGCCCAGAUCCCAGCCAUUGUGGCGCAUCGCGUCAGCGAUGAGGCCAAGCGGAUGAUUGACGUCGUGGCCAAGUUUGUCGAGGAGGACUGCAUCCCGGCAGACCCCGUGCUGGAGGCGCAGAUCGGCGAGGGCGACGCGCGGUGGGAGUCGCACCCGCCCAUCGUCGAGGAGCUCAAGGCCAAGGCGCGCAAGCUGGGCCUCUGGAACAUGUUCCUGCCCAAGGGCCACUACAAGGAGUCGCCCGGGUGGACCAACGUCGAGUACGGCCUCAUGGCCGAGUGGCUGGGCCGCUCGCGCGUGGCGUCGGAGGCGUGCAACUGCGCGGCGCCCGACACGGGCAACAUGGAGGUGCUGGCCAAGUACGGCAACGACGCGCAGAAGCAGCAGUGGCUGCGCCCGCUCAUGGACGGCAAGAUCCGCUCCGCCUUCCUCAUGACGGAGCCGGGCGUGGCCUCGUCCGACGCGACCAACAUCGAGCUCAGCAUCCGCCGCGAGGGCAACGAGUACGUGCUCAACGGCAGCAAGUGGUGGUCGAGCGGCGCCGGCGACCCGCGCUGCCAGAUCUACAUCGUCAUGGGCAAGACGGACCCCAACAACAAGGACCCCUACCGCCAGCAGUCGGUCGUGCUGGUGCCGGCCGACACGCCGGGCAUCAAGAUUGUGCGCAUGCUCAAGGUGUACGGCUACGACGACGCGCCCCACGGCCACGGCCACCUGACGUUUGACAACGUGCGCGUGCCCGUGUCCAACAUGGUGCUGGGCGAGGGCCGCGGCUUCGAGAUUAUCCAGGGCCGCCUGGGGCCGGGGCGCAUCCACCACGCCAUGCGCAGCAUCGGAGCGUCCGAGGUCGCCCUCGACUGGAUGCUGAUGCGCGUCAACGACGAGUCCAAGAAGCCGUUCGGCAAGCUGCUGCGCGAGCACGGCGUCAUCCUCGAGUGGAUCGCCAAGUCGCGCAUCGAGAUCGACGCGGCGCGGCUGGUGGUGCUCAACGCGGCCGUCAAGAUGGACGAGCUCGGCCCCAAGAAGGCGCUCAAGGAGAUUGCCGAGGCCAAGGUGCUGAUCCCGCAGACGGCGCUGACCGUCAUCGACCGCGCGGUGCAGGCCUUUGGCGGCGCGGGCGUCAGCCAGGACACGCCGCUGGCCAACAUGUGGGCGGGCAUCCGCACGCUGCGCCUGGCCGACGGGCCCGACGAGGUGCACCUGCAGCAGAUGGGCCGCAACGAGAACAAGCGCGGCAAGCAGACGGCCGACAAGAUCCUGUGGCAGCGCUCCAAGACGGAGCAGCUGCUGAAGCAGUACGGCGUGCAGACGGCGCAGCCGGGCACGCGGAUCCGCCACUCCAAGAUCUAA